CCAGAGGUCUGACCAUUAGAGUAGGUACUAGCAACUAGUUCCUAAGGUAAGGAAGAAUGUAAGAAAGGAAAUCUGAAUUUGGAAUCAAAUUGUUCUUUUGUUCUAUGCCUAGAAGGGUGGGGCAGGUACCUUAAGAGAAGUCCUUCUUCCUGCUAAGAGGCUCAGCUUCUGCCAAAACAUCUGCCUGGAGAAACCCACAGUUUCCUAAUCAAAACUGAGAGACAGGAGUUGCAAAAGAGAAAACGGAUAUGGGUGAGAUGAAAGAAAAAAAAAGGAUGAUUUGUGGUUUAGCCAUUAAUUGGGGAAUGGAGUGGCAAGGCAGCUGAUCAGUUUUACAAUCCAUUUGAGUGAAAUGGUUGCAAUUACUUCCUCUUUUUCUUCGUUUUUGAGUGUUCAGGGAAAGUCAAAUUUCUUUCAUAAUUAGCUAGGGGAAGUUGGGGCAAGAAAAGGAGACUGCAAGGACAGAGAUGGCACAACCUUUGGUGUCAUUCAUUUUGUACUGGACAUUAGGAACUGUGCAUUUUUCUCAGCUCAGCUCUAAAGCAAAAAUUAGAAGCUUGAAAGAAAUCCAACAACCCAGUAACAAGAGAUGGAGAAAGAAAAAGAGAAAGAUUCUAUUUCACUCUCUACAAAGCAGAACUAUCAGGACAACCACGGACUGGAUAUCACAGGGGAAGAACUAGACAAUCUAGAAAAAACAAAGACUGAAGAUACAGGAAUCAACUUGGGGAAUGGAUCAGAGCUUCCCACUUUCCAAAGGGGGAGCCAGCAGCCUUUCUCUAAGGCAAGACAGUUCUACAAAACUCACACACAGUUGUUCCAGAGAAUCCUAUUAAGCCUCCUGUGUACAGCCUAUGCUGCCUAUGUACUGGCGGCCUGUAUCCUGAAUUUCCAGAGAGCCCUUGCUUUGUUUGUGCUCACCUGUUUGGGUGUUUUCUACUUGGCUUACAGUCUCAUUAAAAAGCAUUUUGGAAAGGAGUUGAGAUGUGGAAAGCCUUUUGGAAACUUUCGGCAAAGGCUUUGGCUAAAAUGGGGUCUAAUGGCAGUUGCCAUGGUCAGCCUCAUCCUGUGGCUGAUCCUCGACACUGCUCAAAGGCCAAAACAGCUCGUUUCUUUUGCUGGAAUUUGUAUGUUUCUUAUCAUCCUCUUUGCCUUCUCCAAGCACCACUUUGCAGUGAACUGGAGGGCUGUGUUUUGGGGUCUUAUGCUGGAAUUUGCUCUUGGCAUCCUGGUCAUCCGAACUGAUCCUGGAUUUGCUGCAUUUCAGUGGCUUGGUGAACAGAUUCAGAUUUUUCUCAAUUACACCGUGGCCGGUUCCAGUUUUGUCUUUGGGGAUGCUCUCGUCAGGGAUGUUUUUGCCUUUCAGGUUUUACCAAUCAUUGUCUUCUUCAGUUGUGUGAUGUCCAUCCUCUACUACUUGGGACUCAUGCAGUGGCUGAUUGUAAAGAUUGCCUGGUUUUUACAAAUUACUCUGGGAACCACAGCCACAGAGACCUUGAGUGUGGCAGGAAAUAUCUUCGUGGGUAUGACAGAGGCACCUCUGCUGGUUCGGCCAUACCUGCCAGACAUGACAUCUUCAGAAGUCCAUGCUGUUAUGACCGGAGGUUUUGCUACCAUUUCAGGCACUGUUUUGGGAGCCUACAUCUCUUUUGGGAUUGAUGCUGCAUCCUUGGUUUCUGCCUCUGUGAUGGCUGCUCCUUGUGCUCUUGCCCUGUCUAAGCUGAUCUACCCAGAAGUAGAAGAAUCCAAGUUCAAAAAUAAGGAAGGAGUAAAACUGUCCCGUGGCAAUCAGAAGAACAUCCUGGAAGCUGCCAGCAGUGGGGCUGCAGAUUCCAUAGGACUCAUCGCCAACAUCGCCACCAAUCUCAUCGCCUUCCUGGCAGUGUUAGCUUUCAUCAAUGCGGCCCUGUCCUGGCUGGGGGAGAUGGUGGACAUAGAGGGACUCAGCUUCCAAGUCAUCUCUUCCUAUGUGCUAAGGCCCAUUGCUUUCAUGAUGGGUGUGGACUGGGCAGACUGUCCAAUGGUAGCCGAGAUGCUGGGGAUCAAGUUCUUUCUGAAUGAGUUUGUGGCCUAUGAACGAUUGUCUCACUACAAGAACAAACGUCUCUCUGGAAUUGAAGAGUGGAUCAGGGGUGAAAAACAAUGGAUUUCUGUGAGAGCAGAAAUCAUCACAACUUUUUCACUGUGUGGAUUUGCCAAUCUCAGUUCAAUGGGGAUCACAUUAGGAGGCUUAACUUCAAUGGCUCCCAAACGGAAGAGUGACUUUGCUAAGCUGGUGGUGAGAGCCCUCUUGACAGGGGCCUGCGUGUCCCUGGUCAAUGCCUGUGUGGCAGGAAUCCUCUAUGUUCCCAGGGGGGCUGAGGCCGACUGCACUUCUUUCCUGGACACAACAAAUUUCACCAGUCCCAGCUAUGAGAUCUACGUGUGUUGUAGACAACUCUUCCAGAGCGUCACACUCAACAACACUGGCCAGAUCCCUUUUUCACAACUCUGGACAAGCCCAAAUUCCCUUGCCAGCUGCUGUGGAUUCUAUAACCAUACUGUCUGUGCUAAAAACAGCCUCUUUGCAUAAUAAUAUUUGAUUAUAGCUGAUAGUAUCUAAAGCUAGAAAGACUUUUGAUGUCAUCUAAUCCAGUGUCGAUUCCUGGAAUUAUAUAUGAAUUUAGAAAACUAACAUCAUCUAUGCCAUAUUACAUUUUAAUUCUUUUGUUAAACACUUUUCAAAUUCAUUUUAAUAAGAUUUGGGUUAUACUUGAGAAUCCCUAAGGACCUGAGUCAUAAGUCUGGUACCUUUGAUGUAGUUACCCCUAUCAUUGUACAACUAAAACAAAGUAGUUUUAAAUUCCUUAUUAAUGGUUCUAUGGGGUUUAAAAUUGUCCAGCCUACAAUAAACCGAUGCAGAGCUCUGAGCCACUGGCACUUUAUUAAAGGUCUAUGGUCCCCUCUAAUGAAAUGGACCUCAGAUCUUCCAAAUUAUCUGAGAAUACCCUUUUCUCUAGGGUGGUUUGAUACCAGGUUUAAUAUUGGAAUACUCUAGAGGGAUUACAUAAAAUACAGAAUCCCAUUGGUUGGUUUGAGGGCCAAAAAUGAUAUAUCAACCAAAAAUGGUAUUAUUAUUAGCAGAAGGGAUCUCAGAUUGGGCAAAGCAUGGGACAUCUCCACUGACUAAAUGAUCAUAGGAUGGUUACCUGCUCAUAUUGAAUAAGAGAAAGUGGUCCAGACAUAUUAAAAUAAAAUGGGGGAUUAUUCAUGUAAUUGAGUCACCUUCAUCAUCCUGGACUUAGUCAUCAUAACAAGGUAAAACAAGGGUCUCUAAUUAGCUCCCUACAAUUAAGCGAGUGAACUUACAAUGUUUACAGCUCUGGGCCCUAAUGUACAGAACUUAGGAUCACUACCCCUGUGAAAUCAUAUCAAACUGACUAAUAUUGAUUGACAUAUGGGUCCAGAUGAAUCAUUUCUCACAGUUCCUGCCAUAUAAAUAGGCCAUCAAAAUAUUUAACAAUCACGAGAAAUUUAACAACUUCAUUUUGGUUCAAUUUACUGAUGGAAGUGAAUACCCAUAUGAGACCAGACAAAAUUUUUCCACUAUGUCAAAUUAAAGCCUGUCCUAAGAAUGAGCUUGGGUUUGAAGAGGUAAUUGCAUUUUACACAAAACAAGCUAUUGUGGAAAUUAUUUGGCAGGUCAUAAAUGUGUACAAAUGAGUGAUGCAAAUUAUUGUAGAAAUUGUUUGGCAGGGUACAAGGUAUAAAUAUGUACAAAUGAGUGAUACAAGCAUUGGUGCAAGUGAAGGAAAGGAAUACUUUUGUGAGUUUUGUGAUCAAGUUGGGGUUUGUGAAUUUCUAUAGCAUUGUUUAAAAGGUUUUUGUAUAUUUAUUGAAAGGGUCAACAUUUUCUUUAAAAUAUUCUCAAGGCAAUUAUAUUCUCCAUUUCCCUAAAUAAAUGAUUUUUUUUCCUUACCUUAA